AUGGACGCGAGCUGCCCAUUGAACGAGGUGGCAACAACCAGUUUCGCUUCCGGCGGCGGCUUUUCCAAUGUUUUCCCAACGGCUGAUUAUCAAGUGGGUGCAGUCCAAGCAUACCUCAGCAACGUCACACUUGGCUUCACUGGCUACAGUAACUUCACCAAUUUCUCCGAUAUCACAAGCGGAGUAUUCAACCUCAAUGGGCGUGCAUACCCUGACGUAUCGGCCAUCGGCGACCGCUUUGUUACAGCCUAUGACGAGGAGCUUUACCUAGUUGGCGGGACAUCGUUAGCGGCUCCUGUAUGGGCCGCUAUUAUUACACGUAUCAACGAGGAGAGACUUGCGGCCAACAAGAGCACCGUUGGCUUCAUCAAUCCCACUUUGUAUGCCAAUCCUCAAGUCCUCAACGACAUCACCGUGGGCUCAAAUCCCGCUUGCGGCUCGACGGGUUUCUUGGCGGCUCCAGGGUGGGAUCCCGUUACAGGUCUUGGUUCACCUAAUUACCCAAAAUUAUUGAACUUGUUCAUGGGACUACCCUAG